AUGAACCUGUCCUACGCGCCAAAAUCAGCACUGCAUGUUAUGGUUGUAGGAAAGGCUGGUAUUGGCAAACGUUCCUUCUUGAGUCAGCUGCAGGAUGUAUGGGGCGAAAGUCAGAUGUCCUUCGAAAACGAAUAUAAAUGGACCAUCAAAGACUGUGAGGUAAUCUUUCACAUCGCUGAUGUAACGCAAGACAGUGUUUCUGACAGAGGUUUGCAGAAAAAGAUCGGAGCGUGUGAUGCUUUCAUUCUGAUGCACUUGGUAGAGGACAAAGAGUCUUUCAAGGUGCUGCCUCUGAUCAAAGAUAUUAUUCUCAAAGAAAAGCACAUGGAAACAGAUUUGCCUAUAUUUGUUGUCGGUCAUCGAGUGGACUGUAAGGAACUUGUGACUGAGUCUAAGAUAGCCUCUGUGGUGGUGUGGGACUGGCUGAUGAACUACAGGGAGCUAUUUGAAAAUAACCUUGAACAUGUCAUGAAACUCUCUGGAGACAUGAUGACUAAGUGUCUUGGAAAUUUGUAUGCACCAAUCAUUGAAGAACCAACACCGAAAAAAAAGCAGUCAAUAUUAAAGCGAUUUAGACGCAUCUUCAGAAUACGAUAA